GAUGUUGGCACUGCUAAUUCUGUUACCUAUUAUUUCGGCGGAAUCAUUCUGGAUGACAGCCGAUCUGUUGCGGGUGGAUUGGAGAGAAGGAUGCCUAACCACCGCCGGUUGCUCUCAACCUAGAUUCAAGGUGCUUGAAGACAUGUUGCCAAUCACCGAAAAGAUUUCUAUCAGUUGGCCUAUCUCAGAACACUUUGUACAGGAUGCCUCACGCUCGUUUGUGUCUCACUGGACAAUAGGUAAACUAGAAGAUCUGACGCUCACUUGCCAGGUGGUAGGAACUGACCCCACUUACGGCUUUCCGAGAGUUUGCGACCAGACGGCGACAAUUCGCGUUUUCCAAGAAGAAGUUGCUGAGACAUUUGGCCGGAAUCGACGUCAUCAGGACAUGACUACCAUCUCUGAGCCGGAAGAGGAACUAGGCAAGAAGCUGAUCGAGAUUCGAGCCAAAUGCUUCAACGCCACGAUUGCAGUCCAAAAGCAUACGGAGAGAUGCCCAUGGUGCCCUGAUCCAUCCGAUGUAACGUUGAUUGAACAAAAGUUGCCCGAAGACACUUCUGCCCAAUCGACGUCGAUUCUCUCACAGUUGAAAGGAGACGAGAAGUUCCUGCAUGUGUGCGUUCUGCUACUUGCAAGCAUUGCCGUGCUGGCUUCAUUGGCCUUCGCUUGUGUACUGGUUGCUUUCCUUCGACAGAAAAGGACUCAUCGAAAUAUUUCCGUUAAACCACGAUGUCAACCAUAUCCUCCAUCUGCUUGCAAGGUGGCCGAGGACGAUAAUAGGUACGAUAUGCCUUGGGAACAGACGCGUCCACUAACCCACUGGCUGUCUUCGUCGUCAAAAUCCGAGGCAACGACGACGUCGCCGCUUGACUCCACGUCGUCGAUUGUCGCGCCAUAUAGUUUCCGAUCCGGAUGUACAAUACCUCAGACGCACCUCUAUCACCACAUCUCUCCAAACUCUUCAAUUGGACCAGGACAUGACUCGGGACUGGAAUCCGUUUGACAUCUCCAAAACAUAUCUAAGUAUAACGUUCCCAAACGAAUCUCACGAGUCCUGUGCGGGUAUAUCCAGUCCGGUUUGAUUUAUUUGAGCACUUAGCUCUAGCUUUACCGUAUAGACAUGUUUUUUCCUUCUUGUUCCCUUAUGCUAACGCUGCCAAUCUUGUUUGUUGUGCAUUGUCAGCUUAGUAUGUACAAAUUGACAG